AUGAAGGUUGCUAUUGUCUAUUAUUCCACUUAUGGCCAUGUGCUUACCUUGGCCAAGUCUAUCAAGGAAGGUCUUGAGUCUUCCAAGGAGGUUUCCCAGGUGGACCUUUUGCAGAUUCCAGAGACUCUCUCCAAGGAGGUUCUUGAACAAUUGCAUGCUCCAGAGAAGCCUGAGUACCCACUUGCAACCGCAGAGAAGAUUGCCGAGUACGAUGCUCUUCUUUUCGGUUACCCAACAAGAUUCGGUAACUUGCCAGCUCAAGUGAUUGAGUUCUUUGGCCAGACCAGUGGUCUUUGGGUUUCUGGUGGCUUGUACCGUAAGCCAGUCGGCGUUUUCACUUCUGUCAGCUCCGCUGGUGGUGGUCAGGAAAUCACCAUGAGAAACGUUUUCUCUUAUGUUGCCCACCACGGUAUGGUUUUUAUUCCAUUGGGUUACGGCAAGGCUUUUGCUGAUAUCACAAACUUGCAAGAAGUUCACGGCGGUACGCCGUACGGUGCUUCCACUUUCGCUGGUGCCAAUGGCUCCAGAAAGCCAUCUGAGUUGGAAUUGAGAAUCGCCAAAACUCAGGGUGAAACUUUCGCUUCUAGUGCUGCAAAGAUCGUUGCUGCCUCCAAAUCUUCUUCCACUGACACUUCGGGCCCAGCUUCCACCGAGAAGGAGGCUUCAGCUUCCAAGGAGAAAGAGGCUGUUGAAAGCGAAGAAAGCAGCGAAGCUCCAAAGACCGAAAAGAAGACCCCACAGAGAGUCCAGGAGUCUUCAAAGCCUGCUGCUAAAGAGGACAGUGGUUGCGGUGUCAAGUGUGUGAUUGUUUAA